UUGGACCCACUCCAGCUUCGGCUCCGGGAGGCCCUCUUGAGCGGCCGGCCCUCCUGGGGCCAUGGAGAAGGCCCCAGACAAAAGCAGAAAAGGCAAAAAUAUCGGCUUCAAUGUCAAGUCAUCCAUACACAACUUGAGCAAAACUCAGCAGACCAAACUCACUGUGAGCAACCUGGGCUUAGGACUGAUCAUCAUCCAGCAUGGGCCCUACCUCCAGAUCACCCACCUCAUCCAGAAGGGGGCUGCAGCCAGGGACGGAAAACUCCAGCCAGGUGAUGUUCUGAUUAGUGUUGGCCAUGCCAAUGUGUUAGGAUAUACUCUUCGAGAAUUUUUAAAACUUUUGCAACACAUCACCAUAGGAACAGUGCUACAAAUCAAGAUUUACCGAGAUUUUAUUGACAUACCCCAAGAAUGGCAAGAAAUAUACGAUUUAAUCCCUGAGACCAAAUUCCCAGUAACAUGCGCAACAGAGAAAACUAAGCAGGCAAAAGAUGACUCUUUCACAAGCAGUGAUGACAAUGAAGAUGUAGUUUCAGAUACAUUCAAUUAUUAUAAAUAUUCAAGGUCCACUGGGCAUCACUCUGCAAGGAGACCAAUGUCUAUCUCCAGAGAGUGGCAUGGCUAUAAAAAGAAGAACCAUACUAUCAGCGUAGGAAAAGACAUUAACGCUGACGUGGUGAUUCACAGAGAUCACAAGAGAGAAGUGAGGCCUCCUUCUCCGUACUGGACGAUGGUGAAGCGAGACAACAAAAGCUCCUCCAGCUCCACGGCCUCCUCUACCUCAGACGCAUUUUGGCUGGAAGACUUUGCCCAUGUUGAAAAGGGCAAGGAUCAACCUGUAUCAAAAGUUGCUUAGGCAGCAGUCUGCAAACUGGUGAUCACAUGGGCAUCUAUCUUGAAAACAUCUAAUUUUUGUGCAUUCGUUGCUAUGUACAGGUCUGCUAAACUUACAGGAGGAAUACGUGCAGACUUACCAAUUCUUUCACAAGUGCAUUUUGAUGCCUUCAGAGACCUUCAAUGUGAUGUCCAAAGACUUCCCUGGGGUCUGACAGGCCUUACUACCUUAUUCUCAAAAUGGCAACAUCAUUCACAUCAUAAACACACUUCCUUCUGAGAAGAAUGUCUCAUCUUUUACAACAUGCAGCAGAGGAACCCAAGAUCAGAAUGUACAAACAUAGAGAAUUUCACUUUUUAAGGUGAAGCUGUUGGGGAGAAGAUGGUUGAGACCUCUACAAAGCAAGAGUCGUCAACACUUUUCAUGUGGAAAGAACUAGGAAAACCCACUGAUUUUGGAUUUAUUCUGUAGUUUAUAUAUUUGUUAGGGAUAGUAGAGAAUACAAAAAGGUAGAAGAUGUGGUCCUGGCCUUCCAAAACAACUCAGUCUCACAAUAAUAUAUGUGGGGGAAAAAAAUUACAGCGAUAGUAUAAUGUCUCCCGCUGAGAAGAAGAGCAAAAAUCCUGAGAUCCUGGAUUGUGUGGGACUUACAGUUUAUAUCUUGGGAGGAGGAAAAAACACCAAAACUCAGCUAUUAGAUUGAAUCACAGGAAAUUACCAAUAUUCAAGUCUUCUUGACCUCUAAGAAUUUAAAAUGGUUUAACCUAUAGGUAAUUUAGUUGAAUGAGGAAGAUAGGUACACCCUGAGUUGAUAAGGAAGCCAUUUACAGAUGUGAUCGUAACGGGACCUCCUACCUCCACACCAGGUAGACAGGUGACAAACAGCAGGACAGUGACAUAUACAGCCCAAGGGAACUUAUGCAUUCCUUCUGAAAUUG